AUGGAGGAAAUCUAUGUCAAUGUUGAGAUGAAAGACAAAACUGUUACACCUGUUGACUGCAUACAUCAGACAGGUGAGAGUGUUCAGUCUGCGCUAAGUAAAGACACACAUUUCCUCCUUACAUUUCCUGUACAGUCUGCUCUGUGUUUCAGGUCCAAGGAGCUCAAAGAGGAGAUUUCAUGAAGCUGCUAUUUGGUUUUUGGGGCUGCUGAGUCUUCUCCUCCUUGCUGGGGUCAUCGCCCUUGGAGUCUACUGUGAGUCAGUUUUUGUAUUAUUUUAAAUCAUUAGUUGGAAACUUGUUUUUAAGAGUUCAUGUUCUCCUGUAAAGCAUACACGUAACCACGUUAUCUUGCCCUUGCUUCUGGCCUCUCUAUUUUCGUUUGCAAACUUUUUCUUUAUGCUCACAUUUUAGGUGUUUUGAAAAUCAUGAUAGUUUAUGGGGGCUUUCUGGAAUCAAAUCACAUUAUUCUGGUGACUGAGCAAAACAAACAUUCAGCAAAAAUAAGUGAAGUCUGAUGCACUCUCGUUUUAAACCAUUGACAAUUUCUUGGUUGUCACAGUGUCUAGAUCUCAACCUCAUAACACCUUCUGAUGCAUUUCAGCAUAAACCUUUUUUUAAAGAAUACAUUUAACAUUGACUUUGAAAUGGAGAUAUAAUGCCAUUUUAAAACACAACUCUUUAUUAGUAAAGUUAUUUUUUACAAGCAAAAUCACAGAUAUAUAUCUGGUCAUCUGUCACAACAGAGCAUUUCUGAGAAACAAAAAAAGACAAACAAAAAAAACAAAAUUCUUUCCUUGCAGUGGUUUGCAGAAUAAUAUACACACACACACACACACACACACACAUACACACACUGACAACCACCGAGACACCAAGUCAGGGCUCAACAGGAAGCCGCAGAGGACCAAGGAAAUGCUAUCUUAAACUAAAAUGGCGAAACACAGGAGCUGAGGCUAAACUGAUAAAACCAUGACAAGAUAUAAAAAAUAAAAUGAAAUAAAACAACAGCAAUAAUAAUAAUAAUAAUAAUAAUAAUAAUAAUAAUAAUAAAAUAUUAUAUCAUAAAACCGUUUUAAAAUCAAACAAUAAAAGAAAGUAAACAAAUAGUGUUAAAAUAUAAGGUAAUAAUUCUAGGACUAAAGUGGAGUAAAAUACUUAAGAUAAAAAGAGUAGACUAAAAGAGAGGCUAGAAGAAUAAAACAAUAAUCAGCUAAAGGCCAGACUAAAAAGGAAGGUCUUGAGUUUGCGUUUAAAAAUAUGAACUGUAGGUGUCGCUCUCAGGCCUUCAGGCAGACUGUUCCACAGAGAGGGGCCAUGAUAAUAAAACGAUACUUCAACGUAUGUUUUGGUUCUAACUUUGGGGACUAUUAAAAGACCACUACCUGAAAACCUGAGGGUUCUACUGGGCUCAUAUCGUAAAAGCAAAUCAGAUGAAUAAGAAGGACCAAGACCAUUAAGACAUUUAUAAACUAAGAAAAGAAUCUUAAAAUGUACUCUAAAAGAUACAGGAAGCAAGUGCGUAGACUUUAAAAUUGGUGUAAUGUGGGCUCUUCUCCUCGUCUUCGUCAGCAUGGCCAAUAAGAAAAGGACAUCACCUCCAAAAUGAGAUACUGCAUCUCCUGGGCCUAUCCUUCAAUAGAUAGAUUUUAAAAAUCUGCAAAAAUUGUUACUCGAGUGUCUGGAUUUGUCAUCCCUUCAUAACAAAAAGUGCUGGACUGAUGUAGUUAAAAAAUACUUCAUAAUCUUAAAAUAUGUAUCUUUAAUUAAUUGCAGGCUACAUCUCAACCCGGGAUUCAUCUGCAGAGUUCUCUACCGUCAUAGCCAAUCUUACUGAGCGUCUGUCCUCCCUGACUGAACAGAGAGACCUGCUGAAUGUCAGCCUCUCUGAAGUGUCCAAAGAGCUGCAGUCUUUGAGUGAGUGCUCUUCCUCUGUGGUUUCUGCACACAGUUUAGAGCUGAGAACUAACCACACUGUCAUUUUUCAUGACCGUGACUGAUUUUGACUCUCACUUCUGUUUAUUUGCCUUGAAAAUCAUAGGAAAAUGAACUGUAUGUGCAAAUGAAAAUCACAAGACAAAUGGCUCUAUGUCUGGUUUAUUUAGUGUUAGUUGCCACAGUCUCAGAGCAACAUUAUCUAUGUUUUGAUGAGUUUCACAUCCUCAUAAAAAAAUUGGACCUGCUUUUCUACUUCUUCAUGAAGUUCAUUCAUUCCUACUCAUCUAACAUAAAAAGUGGAACAUAAAAGUGAUAACGGGUGAAAACGAUAGGGAGACAAAGAGGUAGACCUCUCAGGGGUUUCAUAUGUAACAAGUUAAAAGACUUUUUCCACAUUUUAGAGCUUUCCAGAAAAAAGAAGGCUGACUCUUUUUAUGAAUCCAACACUUGCAUGACAUUGAGCACAUUUACAAAGUCCUUUCAAGGCUUUAUGACAGUCAUGUAAAGAGCAUACAUUACAACUAGCAAUGUUUAUAAAGUGGACAUAAUACCUUUUAAAGUUAUGAGUGAUAAUGUGUCAUAAUUUAAUGCAAAACUAAUAACAGCAUCUUUUUAAUUUUGGGUCUCAUAACACAGAACAACUUCCACAACUUUAACCAGUUAUAAAAUGUAAUUAUCACAAUUAUUAUGAAACGUUUCCAAAAAUAAAGUAUUUAAUUGCUCAACCCUACAGGUUCGUGGGUCAUUGUUUGCUGUUUUUUGUCUCUUUGUGAAAACUUAUCUUUGUCCUUUCUUUUUUUUUUUUCUUCAGAGAAACAGUGUCCUCCAGGAUGGACCGUGUUUGGAUGUUCCUGUUAUUUCUUCUCCACACAGAAAAAGUCUUGGGAUGACAGCAGAGCAGACUGUAGAGACAAAGGAGCAGAUCUGGUUAUCAUAGAAAGUUUCACAGAACAGGUAAUGUAUUUACCGGGGAGUUUUCAGGGACAAACUGGUGACUCAAGAAUUGACUCAACAUGUCUUCUCACUCUGUUCAGUCUUAAUCUACAAUCUAAGAUUAGACGCCAUAAAGUUUCCCAGAGGCAAAAUGAAAACAUGUUGAGCUCCCCCUAUUGACUGGCUGCAGUAAAGGUGUUUAAAAUUGGAUAUCAUUUCUUGAAACGAUAAUUGUUGCUAUAUUUUCAUAGAUUUGUCCUUCUUGAUUCACUUAGAUCUAACGUUUAAAGCUUUAAAGCACUUAUAUUAAUAAUUUUAAAACAAAAUAAUGUGUUGAAGUUUUUGUCCACCAUAGUUACUCUUUAUUUAAAAACAGCUUUCUAAAAAGAAAAGUACAAAAAGUCAGAAAUAAAUGCAAAACAUGUUCAUGUGACUCUCAUUUUACAAAUUUAUGUUUAAAACAUUAAGAAAAAUUUUGACACAGGUUGGUGUAAACUAAAAUAUAAUAAACACAGGUUUUAUAUCUUCUACAGGAAUUCCUCACUAAUAAUAAGAAAGGAGACACAUGGAUUGGUUUGAGUGAUAGAGAUGAUGAAGGGACCUGGAAAUGGAUAGAUGACACUCCACUGACUCAGGGGUAAGAAGCACUGUGGAUGUUAAACACCUUGGUUUGGAUUCAGGCUUUAUAUUUUCUAAGAUGAUCUUGACAAUUUUGACAAUCAAACAAUUAAAGGGACAACAUUUUCUUUGGACAAUGUUUCUGGAAAAAUGAGAACUCUCCUAUAUCUUGAAAAAAAAUAACUGAGCGAAUUCACUGUCCUGUCUCUCCCUUGUAGGUUCUGGUGGAGGGAGCAGCCCGAUAACGGUGGUGGAUUUCCACAAAAUGGGGAAGAAGACUGUGCUCAUCUAAGAGCCGACAGGAGCAAAGCGGACAAUUGGAAUGAUCGCAGGUGUGAUGUGACCAUGCUGUGGAUCUGUGAAAAAUAG